CGGACCUGUUUUUAAUGCGCAACAGUCCGUCUCUGUAAAUCUUCCGUCUCAAGAUGGCGGAGUAUGCGAACCUCGUCCGAAGGGCUUUGGGACAGUUACGAGGUCAUGGAGGAGUCCGAGGUUUUCUGUUCCAGUUUUUCAGGGUGAAUGAUAUAAAGACAGGAGCCCUGAUUGGUGUGGAUAAAUAUGGGAACAAAUACUAUGAGGACAAAAAGCACUACUUCUUUGGACGUCACCGCUGGGUGAUCUACACCACAGAGAUGAACGGGAAGAACACCACAUGGGAGGUGGACGGCAGCAUGGUUCCAGCUGAAUGGCAUCGCUGGCUGCACUGUAUGACAGACGACCCCCCCACCACACAUCCACCAGAGCCAAAGAAGUUCCUGGCUGAGGUCCACCAGUUCAACGUGAGCGGCAGCUCAAGCCAGUAUGUGCCCUACUCCACCACCCGCAAGAAGAUCCACGAGUGGGUUCCACCUAAAGCCGGAGCUCAGUGAGCUCUGACUGCACAUUUGUAAAUUAUGGUUUCCUGCCAACACGUCCUCAAUAAAAUCUCUAUACAGACA